AUGGCUGUGCCGGGGAACUCACUACGGAUACUGCUUCUCGGUGCGUAUUUUGCGCUGACGGUCGGAGCGGACUGCGAGAAGAACUGUGCGCUCUGCCUCAACCGUCUACGUGGGCAUCAGACGGCGAUUACCACUCUGACAUGCUCAAUAGAAUGUGAGGGCAGCCUGGACACCACGAAGCUCCGCCUCUGCCAAGACGUCCUAUUGGAGGAGGAGCGCGUCGUAGUAGAUGACGUCAAACAGGAAGAGGUGCAGGGCCAGCAGCACCAAUUGGCCAAGAAGUAUGGUGGCUUCAUGAAGCGCUACGGAGGGUUCAUGAUCAGGAGGCGCUCACCCGUAGAGGGGCGAGUGCAGGGAGGAGAGAACAACCCGGUGGCUGAGGAAGAGGACAUCCGUCUGGAGAUCCUGAAGAUUCUGAAUGCAGAGGCUGAGGGCCAGAGGGAUAGGGAAGUGGCCAAGCGCUAUGGGGGGUUCAUGAGAAGAGGGGGGGACUUGGGGGGCCUGGAGGGGGUGGGCAGGCCGUUGAAGAAGCGCUACGGGGGCUUCAUGAGGAGGGUGGGAAGGCCUGAGUGGCUGGAGGAUCAGAAGAACCAGGGGGGUCUCCUGAAACGCUCCUGGGAGGGGGAGCGGGGUGACUCCCCCCUGGCUGAAAUACAGAAGAGAUAUGGAGGAUUCAUGGACUAG